UAUUGACCCGAUAAAAAUUUUUUGAUAGGUGAAAAUUAAAAAUAUUCCUAAUGGAAAACGAGCAUGUUUCUUUAUCAGAAAUACAAACGGAUAGAUCCUUCAGUAGUAGGACCUCUGUUAAUGAUUUCGAGAACAGAAACGGAAGUUCAGAGGACUAUGAAAAUGAACAUGAUCGAAAGGUUCGAGACGACCUCAAUUUAACUUUAGAUCUUCAAAAUGUAGAGAUUACUGAAAACGGUGAUAUUUUAUACGGCAAUACAUUCGAAAAAAUAUCAGCUAACGCAGAACAACCAGAGAAUUCGUUACUUACGAAUAAAAAUUAUCGAGAGUUUGACAACAACGAAACUGAGGAAUCCAAAUAUAUAGAUCGUGCUCUUCGGGAGCGUAUUAAUUCAUUAAACGAAUUAAUGAUGUACUUGAGAGAGGAAUUAAAAAAAGAAGCUACUCUCUGGAGAAAAGAAAGAGAAGAAUUUCAAUUACUGAGAGAGCAAAGCGAUAUUUAUGCAUUAGAGGAAGCUACUGCAGCUGCACGUGCAGCUGCAGCUGCAUAUGCAGCCGAAUCUCCUCUUUCUAAUGAUAUAGAUUAUAUUGUUGAUGUAACAUCGGAGAAAGCAUUAACAGAGCUUACGAUAUUAGAAUACGAAAAGAAACUUGCAAAAUAUCAGGAUACAUUAGCAUUAGCCCAAGCAGAGAAACGUUAUAAUAUGCAUCGUCAAGUGGUUGCUAAAGCUUAUGAACGGAGAUUGGCAGAAAUCGAGCAACUAUGUAACGAAGAAUUGAAAAAGAUUCAACAAAAUGCAAGUAACUUGCAACCGCUUAGAGAAAUGAUGUCGCAAUGGUAUACCGUUAACAGAAAUCACGGAGACACGGCACAAGAAUAUAAUUUCAACGUAACAGAAAGCAAAAAUAAUUCGGCUUGCACUGUAACGGAAUAUUCUAAUUUUCACGUGAUCAAUGCGGAGGCAAAUAUGAUACCAGAGAUUUUAGUGACAAGAUAUAACGACGAUCUUUCGAAGGGCGAUAAAUCUUAAAAAAGAAAUUUUCAAGAUUUUUUAAUAUGUAUUGUAAAUCAAUUUCAUGCGAUUGUUUCACAAUAUGAAGCAGAACUGACACUAUUAGAUCGACGACGAAUUUGUAAAACGAUCAUUUUUGCUGUAAUAAAAUUUCGAGUAUUUUUU